AUGGCAAAGUUUGUCAAUAGUACAAGGGCAAGAAUGCAAAGCUUGGAAACUCAAAUUGGACAACUUGCCCAAGCAAUUUCAGAAAUACCACAAGAAGGCUUGCCUAGCAAUACUAAGAAGAAUCCAAGGGAGCAUGUAAAAGCCAUCACUUUGCGAAGUGGAAAAGAAUUGGAAAGUAAAGAAAAACAUGAAGAACAUUCAAAAGAGGAAGAAAUCCAAGAGCUUAAAGCUAAAGAAAAUGAUCAUGAGUUAUCAACGGAGAAAAAGAUGUCAAGUUAUGCCAAAUUUUUGAAAGACAUAAUUGUAAGCAAAAGAAAGUUGGAGGAAUUUGUGAUGAUGAAACUUAAUGAAGAAUGCUCUGCAAUUCUACAAAAUAAAUUGCCUCCAAAACUUAAGGAUCCAGGGAGCUUUUCUGUUUUCAUGAAACUUGGAUUAAAAGAACCAACACCCACCAUUGUUUCUCUUCAGUUAGCUGAUAGAAGUAUCAAAUAUCCAAGGGGAGUAAUGGAAGAUGUUUUGGUAAAAGUGGAUAAAUUUAUUUUUCCUAUUGACUUUAUUAUUCUAGACAUGGAAGAGGAUCAUGAUAUGCCCUUAAUUUUAGGGAGACCUUUUCUCACCACCGGGAGAGCUUUAAUUGAUGUCCAAUAA